UUCCUUCCUCCCUCCCUCUCCUCCUUCCUUCGAAGCACUGCUCCAGUUCGUAGCUGCCGGUGGCUGUCGCCAUGGGCCACGCGGCGCUGCUGCCGCUGCUGCCCGUGCUGCUGUUGCCGCUGGCGGUGGCCGCGGGCGGCCCGGAGGUGCGCAGCCUGAGGGGGAGCUGGCGGCUCCGCAGUGGGAACGGGUCGGUGUCGCUCCGAGCGGAGGUGCCGGGCUGCGUUCACACCGCGCUGCUCUGCAGGGGCCUCAUCCAGGAUCCAUACUACAGAUUUAAUGAUGUGAUGUACAGAUGGAUCUCACUAGAUAACUGGACUUACAGCAGGACGUUCAAAACUCCUUUUGACGUCAGAAAGUGGCAGAAAGUGAAUUUGGUUUUCGAGGGAGUAGAUACAGUAGCACAGAUCCUGCUCAACAAUGUCACAGUUGGGAGAACAGACAACAUGUUCAACAGAUAUAGCUUUGAUAUUACCAGUGUGAUCCAGGAGGUCAAUUUUGUUGAAGUCCGUUUCUUGUCAGCCGUUUCAUAUGCAGCAGAGCAGAGCAGAUGUCACAAAGCACACAGCAUUCCCCCGGCGUGCCCUCCACCUGUGCAGAAAGGAGAGUGCCAUGUUAAUUUCAUCAGAAAGGAGCAGUGUUCAUUUAGUUGGGAUUGGGGCCCUUCUUUUCCCACUCAAGGAAUCUGGAAAGAUGUUAGGAUUGAGGCCUAUAACCAUUAUCACCUGAUUUACUUUUCUUUAACUCCUUUCUUUGUAAAGAGUGCUCAGCAGUGGUGUCUUGAAGUCGAGUCUAUUUUUGAUGUAGUCAGCUCCAAGCCAGUUGCAGGUCUUGUGACUGUGAACAUUCCCAAAUUAAAAACGCAGCAAACGUUCAGUGUGAGGCUUCAACCUGGAGAAGGCAGCAUUGUGCUGCAUGUAAACAUCAACAAGAGUUCUGCAGUGGAGGCUUGGUGGCCAAAUGGACAUGGAAAGCAAACUGGAUACAACAUGACAACAACUUUUAUGAUGGAGGAAGGAUGCCAGAUUGAGAAGUUUUCAAAGGUUUAUUUUCGAACAGUGGAACUUGUUCAGGAGCCUAUUCCUGGCUCACCAGGUCUGAGUUUCUACUUCAGAAUCAAUGGUCGACCCAUUUUUAUUAAGGGCUCAAACUGGAUUCCAGCAGAUUCUUUCCAGGACAGAGUGACCUCUGACAUACUGAGGCUACUCUUGAAGUCUGCAGCAGAUGCUAACAUGAAUGCCCUUCGUGUUUGGGGAGGAGGAGUAUAUGAACAAGAUGAAUUCUACGACAUUUGUGAUGAAAUAGGAAUAAUGAUUUGGCAGGAUUUUAUGUUUGCGUGUGCACUGUAUCCAACUGACCAGAAUUAUUUAGAAUCCGUAAGAGCAGAAGUUUCUCAUCAGGUACGACGUUUGAAAUCUCAUCCAUCAAUUAUUCUGUGGAGUGGUAACAAUGAAAAUGAAGCAGCACUUGCAAGCAACUGGUUCUCCAUACCUUAUGCUGAUAUAGGAGUCUAUAUCAAAGACUACGUGACGCUUUAUGUGAAGAACAUACGAGAAAUAGUUCUUACUGAAGAUAAGAGCCGUCCUUUUGUUGCAUCCAGUCCCACCAAUGGCUUGGAGUCAGUUAAACAGGGUUGGCUCUCCCAGAAUCCUUAUGACACCCAUUAUGGUGACACACACUUCUAUGACUACAAGAGUGACUGCUGGAACUGGACAGUGUAUCCUAAAACUCGUUUUGCUUCGGAAUAUGGAUUUCAGUCCUGGCCUUCCUUCAGUACAAUUGAAAAGGUUUCUUCCCCUGAGGACUGGUCCUACACAAGCAAUUUUUCUCUCCAUCGGCAACACCAUGAAGGUGGCAAUAUUCAGAUGCUUCAAGAGAUUGGGCGUCAUUUCAAGCUUCCCCAGAGCCCAGAUCCUGUGAAGCAGUUCAAAGAUAUGAUUUACCUCACUCAGGUGAUGCAGGCUCAGUGUAUAAAGACAGAAACUGAAUUCUAUCGUUUUAGUCAAAGUGAAAUAAUCAAUGGAGAAGGACACACAAUGGGAGCUCUGUACUGGCAACUCAAUGACAUUUGGCAGGCUCCUUCAUGGGCUUCCUUGGAGUAUGGUGGUAAGUGGAAACUGCUCCAUUAUUUUGCCCAGAACUUCUUUGCACCGCUGCUGCCUGUGGCCUUUGAAGAUAAAGGAGUGUUGCACAUUUACGGUGUCUCAGAUCUUCAUGUGGACCACAGGCUGACUUUGAGGGUCAUUGUGCACGCCUGGAGCUCUUUGGAGCCAGUAUGCACCCUUGCCACAGAAGGUGUGACUGUUAAAGCACAGAGUGCUGUUCCCAUCUACAAGGAGUCCAUAAGUGACCUUCUGGAAAGAUGCAGAAGUUGUACCAGGACAAGUUGUGUUAUUACUUUCUGUCUCGUGGGAGAAGAUGGGCUCCAGAGUCCUAUGAACCAUUACUUCCUUUCAUCUCUAAAGGAUGCUGUGGGAUUAGAAAAGACCCAUCUUAGUGCCUCUGUAUCCCAACAAGAUGACAUUUAUGUAUUUGUUCUUCAGACCACUGCAAUUGCUCCUUUUGUUUCUCUGGAUGUAGGGAGUAUAAAAGGCAGAUUUAGUGAUAAUGGUUUCCUUAUGACUGAAAAAAAGAAAACGGUUGUGUUUUAUCCUUGGGAACCUACCAGUGUUGAAGAACUAGAAAGUUCACUAAUCUUGACCUCUCUGCUGGACGUUGUCUGAGAAUACUUCAUUUCCUUCUAGAUAAGGAGUGGAACAGGAGGAGGAAAAAAAUUGGAGAAUUUGACUGAAGUUGAAGCGACAUACACUUUGAGCUGGCUGAAGAACAUACUGUCCAUUCCUGUCAUGUGAAUUUUAACUGCUGGUUCAAUGUAAAAAUACCAACAGCAAAGCUUACAUAUAAUAUAUGUGGUUUAUUGAAAGCACA